UGUCUGCCAGUCCAGGUCUCUGCUUGUUUGCAGCUGUUCACUUGACUGCUAAUUGAAACAUUUAUUCAGCCUUUGGGUGAUACUAGUUGUGUGCUUCUGAAAAAGCUGCUGCUUCUGACCUAGAGAAACCAAAUCGACAUCUUACCUGACAUCUACAUCUGCUUUGAUCAUCAUGACAGAUACCAUUUUCGGUAAUGGAACAGAUCAAUGGGUGUGCCCUAACGACAGGCAGCUAGCUCUUCGUGCCAAGUUACACACAGGUUGGUCAGUUCACACUUUCCGAACAGACAAGCAGAGAAAGAAACAGUGUUUGAACCCAAAUGAAAUGGAAUCAAUUCUAGACGUUAUCAGAAGAGCUGAAAAAGUAGAUACUCUGGAGCAGCAGAGAAUUGGACGCCUAGUGGAGAGGUUAGAAAACAUGCGAAAAAAUGUGAUGGGAAAUGGGAUGUCACAGUGUUUGCUUUGUGGGGAGCACCUUGGGUUAUUAGGCACAACCUCUGUCUUUUGUCAAGACUGUAAGAAGAAAGUCUGCACUAAAUGUGGAAUUGAAACUGUUGGCAGCCUGAAGCGACCCACAUGGCUUUGUAAAAUCUGUAGUGAACAGAGAGAGGUCUGGAAGAGGUCCGGAGCUUGGUUUUACAAAGGUAUCCCAAAACACAUUUUGCCUUUAAAAAUCUCAAACAAAACAAGUGAAAUUCAGUUAAGAAAUGCUCAAACUGAGCCUCAAAUGCAAGAGUUAAGAACUGCUACAAUGAAUCGAACAUACACCUGGGCAAAAGGAAGAGUGGCCUCCAGUGACAGUGAAAGUGACUCUGAAUUAAGCACAUCAAGUUUGGAUGGCAAAACUUCAACAUUAGAAGAACAAGCUAGAAACAUAAGGAUAGAUUCUGUUUCAACUACUGAACCCACACUGAUGCCUACCAGUAGGAAAAACUUUGGAGGCACCCUCUCUAGUGGCUUGUCUGGCAGUCUGACCAGUCUGGGCAGUGAUCGAGGAGGUACAGUGAGCGCCUCUGAAAGUUAUCCUGGAGAACUUAUGGAAGGUUAUGAUAGUGACAUGAGCAGGCGGGGGCCAGAAGAGAAGACGGCAAAAUACUUGAAAAGAAGAAAUGCAGCUCGCCACAUAAUGGGAAAACACAGUGGAAAUGCAAAUUUACGACGCUGAAUAAGUGAAUAAAGAUUUGAACUCCUGUAGACCUUUCAUUUGUACACUAACUGCAUCACUGAAGACUUUGCAACAUUAAGUGCCAUGAAUAAAUCUCUUGUAUGUCGUGCGUGUUCUGCAACAGCCAGGAGGAAU